AUGAUGAAAAGGGAAGAAGAAGGUGGUGAAGUGGGGAAAAGCAGAGAUGGGGCAGGGCCGUCCGCGGAAAAGAAGGAAACUUUGGCUCUAAAGUUGAAGAAGCUCCAAUCAGUGGGCCAUCCCCCUGAUUCCACUCCCGUUAGACUUUGGCUCCGUGUCCGUGAGGUAGAGCACCAGAAGAACCAGCACGAUCCUGUUCCCUCUUCUUCUUCUUCUUCUUCUCCUCGUGAUUUCACCGCGGGUUACAGCAGAAGCAGAAACAGUCCAACCGUUUCCGCCAGGAAGCUUGCCGCGGCCGUCUGGGAGUUCCACCACUACCGCCCUCUCUCUAAGAUGCACAGGGGCGCCAAUUUUACUGGUAACGGCGGCGGCGGAGGUGGAGGCCACCGCCAACAGAGUCGUCACCGUGGGUUUAAGGGCAAGGGUAUUGAUGUCUCCCGCUUCUUGCCUGACCCUUCUCCCAGCUCUCCUGAUCAGCCCGAGAGUGCAGGCAGCCUGAGGAGGCACAUUGCCGCGUCACUGGUUCAGCAUCAUCGGUCGAUCGAGAGAAGUAAUCAUGCUCUGCAGCCUGUUUCCCCUGCAAGUUAUGGCAGCUCCUUGGAGAUGGCGCCUUAUAAUCCUGCAAUGACACCAACCAGCUCUGUAGAAUUCAAGGGGAGGGUUGGCGAGUCGCGCUAUAAUAUUAAAACUUCCACAGAGCUAUUAAAAGUGUUGAACAGAAUAUGGAGCUUGGAGGAGCAGCAUGCAUCUAACAUGUCACUGGUAAAAGCUCUGAAGAAAGAGCUAGACCAUUCCCGCAUCAGAAUCAAAGAGCUCCUUCGUGAUCAACAUUCGGAUCGACGUGAGAUGGAUGAGUUAAUGAAGCAAAUCAACGAACACAAGAAAAGCAAGGAACAGGAUCGGUUGCAUGCUGCAGUUCAGUCUCUGAGGGACGAGGUAGAAGACGAGAGGAAGUUGAGGAGAAGGUCAGAGGGUCUGCACAGGAAGUUAUCCCGAGAGCUUUCUGAAGUGAAAUCUUCGUUCUCCAAUGCACUGAAAGAAAUGGAAAAGGAGAGGAAGUCGAGAAUGCUUUUGGAAGAUCUCUGUGAUGAGUUCGCUAGGGGGAUAAAGGAGUACGACCAGGAACUGCAUCAUGCAAUGAAACAGAAACCUGAUCACAAUGACUGGGUUGGAAGAAGCAAUGAUGGCGAUGAUCGCUUGAUUCUCCAUAUAUCCGAGUCAUGGCUUGAUGAGAGGAUCAUGCAGAUGAGACUAGAUGAAGAAGCUCGGCAGCAUGGUUACUCCACAAACAGCUCAAUAGUUGACAAGUUAGGUUUCGAGAUAGAGACAUUUCUUAAGGCAAGAAGAAUGGCAAUCUCCAAAAACAUGGAUAAAUUGAUCCCAAAGGAAAGGCGGAAUUCAAUGGAAUCUGUCCCCUUCAAGGCCGUGAGUGCUCCUCCGGAUGUAGGGGAUGAAGAUGAUGAUUCUGUGGGCAGUGAUUCUCAGUGUUUUGAGCUCAACAAACCGUCGAAGAAUGAUUAUAAUGUACAUGAACAUGAACAUGAAGACAAGAAAAAGCUCAUCUCAUCAUCUCGUGAAAGAGUUAAAAGCCGGAGUCCUUCAAGCUUGCAAGUCAAAUUCGAAGAACAGAUGGUCAGGGCGAUGAUGUCAUCCAUUGCCGAUAAGAACCCAGAGAUGGUGGACUUGGUGGAAUUGAAACCAAGUGGAAACUACGAAACCACAGAAGGCGGCGGUGGUACCAACGAGAGGAGAAACAAGGCCACCGACGAGAUCCACGAGUCAAACUCUAACUACGCGAUGGAUAACCUGAUCAAGAGUCACAUCUCAGCAGCUUCAGAAGCUGGAAACCUGCAUCUUGAUCCAGGGGAGGCUUCUUCUAGCUAUCCAUCUCGAAGGACUGCUGCUAGUCCAGUGAGGCAGUGGAUGGCGAAACUCACCACAACGGAUCCUGAUGUGGCGGAAUCGUCCACGAAAUUACCUCCGGCAUCCAAGGACAGCACGUUGAAGGCGAAGCUACUCGAGGCGAGAUCCAGGGGUCCUCGAUCGCGAUUGAAACUGUUCAGAGGGCAAAGGAUGGCCGCGGCGGCCUCUCUCAGGUGGAUUCUACAACUUCACAAGGAUGUGCCCAAGGCCGCUCGUUUCUACUCCGAAGGUCUAGACUUCACUGUCAAUGUAUGCACUCUACGGUGGGCUGAGCUUCAGUCCGGGCCUCUGAAGCUCGCCCUCAUGCAAUCUAUCAAUGGAGGGCCGGCUGCUGACCCCUAUUUUUUCAGUGACAAUGUUCCGCAGAAGGGGUAUUCUUCUUCGCUAUCAUUUACAGUCACUGAUAUCAAUAGUACGGUGACAAAGCUGAUGGCUUUAGGCGCAGAGCUAGAUGGACCCAUCAAGUAUGAAAUUCAUGGAAAGGGCUUUAUGAACCAGCAUAAAAGGGUCUACAAAGGAAAGAAUAAACAAGUCAAAUUUGAUGCCAAGUGUGGGGUAAUUGCUGCCGACUUCCUGCUGGCUGCCGGGUCUUGUUCUUAUUUCAAAGUCUUGGAAUCUGCUGAAGACACGGAGAAGACAUGGGAGAUUUCUCCAUGCUUGGGGUUCCCCUUGAUUAUUGAUAGCGUUUGUUGA